UAGCCCAGACUUACAAACACUCGAAAAUUAGAAACCUGAUUCUUCAUUGGAACAAGUUUCCGUUGGGGUUAUCUACUUUCCGUUCGAAAACCUGUGACAACCUGGUGUAAGGAGGACAGUAUUGGGCCCAAACCAGAAUUACCGACGGAAAAAACGGUCAAUCCAGAACGGCUUGACACUCACGAUAGUUCCUUACAAUACGAGUUGUACCCUUCACUCGCGCAUCUUGCAGCCGUUGAGUCACCAGGACCAGGGCUACAGCACACACACACACACACACACGCACAUAACCUUGCAGUUAUCAUUAUAUAAUCCCGCACCCCACAUCUGCUUUUUUUCCUCCCGCUUCUUCACGAUGGCCUCCUUCUCCCCAGAAGAUCCCUUCUUCAACCUCUUUUUUACUCCGGCACCAACUUCGUCCGCCAGGAACGCUAGAAACGGCGGCAGCAGCGUGACAAGAAGUCGCAGCCCAUCGCCAUUCCCCCCUCUUCCUCCCACAUCUACCGCAACCCCAUCUUUGGUCAGGGCGUUGAUGUACUCGACGUCUAUCCCAAUGUCCAUCAUGCCGUCCUCCAAGGAAACUCUCAUCAGCAAGUCGCCAAUUCUCUCCGCCUUGCGCUCCCCGGUGGGCACCGCGUCUGGUCAUCAUCGCAGCUCCAUUUCCUCCACCACCUCUUCCGUUGUGACCACCUCCACCACCUCAGAUGCUGCUGUCGUUGAGGUCCGAGUUACUACCAAGCCCGCGGAGGAGGCUACCAUCGAGGAGCUGCUGGCCCGCCCUCCCCCCAAGCACUCGCUCAGCUACUACGUCAAGAACGCGCGCGACAGGCGCAUGCCCGUUGUUGACCCUGAGGAGGAAAGGAUGCGCUUUGAAAAGGCAAAGGCGGAGUUGUUGGCUGCGAAGGCGGCGUUUGACCUGAAGAUCUAAAGCGACAAACACCUUGGAAAGUUUCGACCUUUCGUCGCGAUCACUUCCAUCUCACCCAUUACCUGUGCAACACGGCAACUUUGGUUUUCUGGUUACCGGCAAUCAAUUUGGCAAACGCUGUUGCCGGAUGGGAGCUUUGCUACCUCUAGCGACAGUAGCGAGCGAGCGAGCGACCAUGAAGCUCGGCACCCAAUUUCGGCGGUUUUUUGAAUUACUCAAUUCUAUUCUCAUUCAACAAGCGACUUUGUUUGGCUUUUUGGACUUUUCCCUCCCCGUUUCUCCUAUCGACUUAGUCUUGGAUCGGCAUCAGCCACGUCGAGUAUCAACGAGACGGACAUAGACAAGGGAAAAACGCGGGUUAUCAAGUUCCUCACGGAACAGGCGGCGGCGGCGUUAAUGGAGUGUUUUUAUUGGUC